GGAAACACGUCACACGUGCGCGCGCCGCGCAAGACUUCGCCGUGGCGUGGUGCGGGUCUGUCUCUCGUUUCCCACCAGGCCAGCAGGGAGCUCUGCACAACUUUGGCGCGCGCGCAGGCUUCUCACCUUUCGCGCGAGGUCGCGCGCGUCUCGCCUCGGGUGGGCGGUGCGUUGACGCGCGUGUCCGCGGCGCGUCACCGCCAGCUGGAUGAGCCGACGCGCCGCGGACUUGUCGUCGGGCCGGCAGAAGGACAAGAAGAGGAAGAAGGAGAAGGAGAAGGAGGACGGAGACGAGGAGGUUCGCUUGAGGACGGACAGUGGGGGGGAGAGGAGCGAGAGAAGCGAUCGAUCGCCGGCUGGCCGCAGACAACAACACUCCACCUGCACCUCCUUCCCCCUCGUGGACACAACACCCGCUCCUCCAUGAGCGCAAGAGCUUCCCUUCUUUUUCCUCUCCUCCUUUCUGCCUCCUCUCCUCUUCUUCUGAGAAGGAUGUGAGGGCAAAAUGUUUGUCCUCCAGAUGUGCGCCGCCCUCUGCGUCUUCCUGCCGUCGGCCUCUCGGGCCGAUGCAACGUGCGACGCCAUCCUCGGCGCGGCCGCCAAUGCCUCCUCCGUCCAAUCGCUGGCGUCCUCCUGGAACGAGACGCAGAUGAUGCUGAGCAACGCCAGCGUCCAGCCAACCGGGGCGGGAGACGCAUAUUGCGAGGUAUCACUGGACGGCAUCGGCACCUGCUGGCCCCGCAGCCCCGCCGCUCACAUUGUGUCCAGACCGUGUCCCGAGAUGUUGUACGGCGUCCGAUACAACACCACGAACAAUGUGUACAGGAAGUGCCUGUCCAAUGGGACCUGGGCCGCUAAGGGGAACUAUUCCAUGUGCAAGGCCAUCCUGAACCAGGAGCGUUUCCAGAAAAAGGGCAAGAUGCACUACCAGAUGGCGGUGAUCAUCAACUUCCUGGGUCAUGUCAUCUCCAUGUUGGCGCUGCUGGUUGCCUUCUUCCUCUUCCUGUGUUUGAGGAGCAUCCGAUGCCUGAGGAACAUCAUCCACUGGAACCUGAUCAGCGCCUUCAUCCUGAGGAACGCCACGUGGUUCGUGGUGCAGCUCACCAUGAGCCCAGAGGUGCACGAGAGCAACGUGGUCUGGUGCCGGCUGGUGACAGCUUCCUUUAACUAUUUCCACUCCACCAACUUCUUCUGGAUGUUUGGCGAAGGAUGCUACCUCCACACCGCCAUCGUGCUCACGUACUCCACUGACAAGCUGCGCAAGUGGAUGUUCAUCUGCAUCGGCUGGUGUAUCCCGUUCCCCAUCAUCGUGGCCUGGGCCAUCGGGAAACUUUACUACGACAACGAGAAGUGCUGGUUUGGGAAGCGGACGGGCGUCUACACGGAUUACAUCUACCAGGGUCCCAUGAUUCUGGUUCUGGUGAUCAACUUCAUCUUCCUGUUCAACAUCGUCAGGAUCCUGAUGACCAAACUGCGAGCAUCCACCACCUCGGAGACCAUUCAGUACAGGAAAGCGGUGAAGGCGACGCUGGUGCUGCUCCCCCUUCUGGGCAUCACCUACAUGCUCUUCUUCGUCAAUCCCGGCGAGGACGAGAUCUCGCAGCUGGUCUUCAUUUACUUCAACUCCUUUCUGGAAUCCUUCCAGGGCUUCUUCGUGUCCGUCUUUUACUGCUUCCUGAACAGCGAGGUGCGUUCGGCCGCCAGGAAGCGUUUCCACCGCUGGCAGGAGCAACACUCCAUCCGGGCGAGGAUGACGCAGGCCGUGUCCAUCCCCACGUCGCCGUCGCGGGUCAGCUUCCACAGCAUCAAGCAGUCCACGUCGCUGUGAAAAGUCGAUGAACUCAAAUCAACACCAAGCAUUAUCGGGGCGCAAGGUUGCGGGCGCUUGGGAUUGGAACGCGAGCGCGUAUGUACCGCAAGUUUCUCGUCCGUCGUCUUGC